AAAAGUCACGUAAAAGUUUCUAGAGUUGUGAAUACAUAUGGACCACAGACUAGACCUGAAGGAAUUCAAGGGUCAGGUCAUAAAGCGAACAGCAUGCUCCGAGAUUGUGGUAACCAGGCCGUGGAAGAACGACUACAAAAUAUUGAGGCUCACUUGCGACUGCAGACAGGUGGUCCAGUGCCAAGAGACAUUUAUCAGAGAAUUAAAAAACUUGAGGAUAAAAUUCUUGAAUUGGAAGGCCUCUCUCCUGAGUAUUUUCAAUCUGUAAACUUUUCUGGAAAAAGAAGAAAAAUUCAACCACCUCAACAGAACUAUUCACUAGCUGAACUUGAUGAGAAAAUCAGUGCUCUCAGGCAAGCCCUGCUCCAAAAAUCAAGAGAAGCAGAAUCCAUGGCAACUCACCACCUCCCAUGAGAAACUCCUCUCCUCCUUGUCAUUUUCCUUUUUGUGUGUACAUGUGUGUACCUUACGCUGCAGUUCAUUAAAUGGAUAUAUAGUUAUCAACGUAGAUUUCCCUCCGAGGUCAAAGUUUCUUUUCACGUGAGCCUAGCUUGCAGCAAGUAAUCUUCAGAUAGUCAUGCCAGUGAAUUUCAAAAUAGUUAAUGCAUCGAAAAUAGCAUUGUCAGAAUUUAUUUCCUUCUGUUUUAAAGGAGGUAUUUUGGAAAUUAAAGAACUUGAAAGUGCAUCUUUGUGUGUGUGUGUGUGUGUGUGUGUGUGUGUGUGUGUAAGUGUGUAACAGAAAGGAAGAUUUGUUUUGAAUAGUGAUAUUUAAAAGGACUUUAUAUUUGUUACAAUGUUGUUAACCAGUUUAUUAGUUUAAAUCAGUACUCUGUACUUAAUAGGCGUUCAACAAAAAUUUAUUGACAAAUGAAUGCAUAUACUUUUUUCAAAUGUCAAUUUUAAUGUAAAUAAACACAUUCCACCUUUAUACCCUUA